UCUAUCCUUUCCCCUUUUUUUCUACUUCUCCCCAUACCCCCCUUCCUCUUUUCACCCCCUUCCACUCUCCCAGUCUCUUCCUGCUUCUAUCCCUCUCUCUCUCUUCUCCAACCCCAUCCACUGGGGUGUCCAGUAGCUUCUUCCCACAAUGGGGACUUAAGUGUACCGAGGCUCCCAGGGAAGAGCUCAGGAUUUGGAAUCGGGAUCAGAGUUCAAAUCUUGCCUUUGCUAUGUGCAAAUCACUUCGUUUUUACUGUGGAACCUAAUUUUCUAUUCUAAAAAGCAUACAGUUUAAAAUAGGUAGUCCUCUAAGAGACCAUUUUCAAAUCUAUAUCUUGUGUCAUGACCAAACAGAGCACUUGGUUCAUGCUUCUGUAUUCUUACCACGUUGUUGUUGGGUUGUUUUUUUUUAACCUUUGCCUUGUUUGCCAGCUCCUGGAAGGGAGGGAGACAAGUUGGAUUAUAUCAUUUUGGAGAACGUAUGAGGAAAUUUAUCAUUACAUGUAAUUGGUUAAAAAAAAUUGAUGAAACCUUUGCCUCGCAUCUCAGAAUCAAUACCGUGUAUUGGUUCUAAGGUGGUAAGGGCUAGGUAAUGGGGUUAAGUGACUCGAUUGGGUCACAAAGCUGGGAAGUGUCUAAGACCAGAUUUGAACCCAGGAACUCCCAUUUUUAGGUCACAAAACCACUUUGCUGCCUCUAUGGAGUCUUAUGGGGAGUCUAGGAAGUAGAAAAGGGGGUGAAAACAAAAGAUGAGGCAUGGAUAUCAAGAUAAGUAUCAUAAUUUUUAGUAAGAUGAGUGCCAGACAAGGUGUUAUUAGAAACCUGAAGGAUAAUCCUUUUAUUCCUCCACAGUAGGGAGACAGCCUUUUAAACCUUAAAAACCCUAUAGAAAUGUGAUGCUAUUAUUUAGGGCUUAGAGUCAGGAAGCCCAAACAAAAGGCAGGUUAAUUUGAUAUUUUCCCUUCCCCUGCUCUGAAAUAUUUGUUCCAUUUUUGUCUUUGGUGUCCAGAGUUCCUGACCUGUUUUUUUUUUUUAACCCUUACCUUCCAUCUUGGAGUCAAUACUGUGUAUUGGCUCCAAGGCACAAAGAGUGGUAAGGGCUAGGCAAUGGGGGUCAAGUGACUUGCCUAGGGUCACACAGCUAGGAAGUGUCCGAGGUCAGAUUUGAACCUAGGACCUCCUGUCUCUAGGCCUGGCUCUCAAUCCACUGCCCCCCUGACCUGUUUUUUUAAAGAAGUGGAGAUUAGAGGGUCUAGAACUAUGAUUUCUACAGGGAAUUCCCAAAAUGGAAACUUUAUUCCUGAUGGCAACUCUGCAACUCAUCCGGAACUAUUAGACUUGCCCUUGAGGCCCUCAGAGCCAGUGUGUGAGGCCAGUUCUUGGUUCGAUACUCCAUAGUGCCCCGUACCUCAUCCCCAGAAAACAAAGACCAAAAAAAGUCCCUUCCCUCAAGGAGCUUACCUAAUAGAAAUAGCAUAUGGGUAACUAGGUAGCUCAGUGGAUAGAGAGCCAGGCCUAGAGAUGGGAAGACCUGGGUUCAAAUGGGACCUCAGACAAGUCCUAGCUAUGUGACCCUGUGGAAGUCACAAUCUCAAUUGCCUAGUCCUCACCAUUCUUCUGCCUUGGAUCUGAUACUUAGUGUCCAUUCAAAGACAAAAGUCGGGGUGAUGAUGACCAGCUGGGAAAGCAUUCUGCAGGAUGACCAGCAACUAGAAGAGCUGGCCCAGCAGGCAGUGGACAAGGCCUUGAUGGAGGGUGUGCUGAUGAGGACCAAGCAGGAACCCAACUCCUCUAAUAUUGUAAGUUAUGCCCCCUUCACAUUGUUCCCCUCCGCAGUACCCAGAGAGCUUCUUGAACAAGCCUAUGCUGUACAAACAGACUUCAACCUCCUUGUGGACACAGUUAGCCAGAACUCGGCCUUCUUGGAACAGACACUCUGCAGCACCAUUAAAAUAGAUGACUUCAUCGCUCAGCUUUUUGACAUCUACAAACAAGUCCUGAAAGAGGGCAUUGCCCAGACGGUGUUUCUAGGACUGAAUCGCUCUGAUUACAUGUUUAACCGCAGUGCAGAUGGCCCCCCGGUCCUGAAACAAAUCGAGAUCAACACCAUUUCUGCCAGCUUUGGGGGCCUCUCCUCCAAGACCCCAGCUGUGCAUCGGCACAUCCUUAAUGUCCUGGGCAAAACUAAGGAAGCUGCCAACAUCCUCUCUAAUAAUCCCAGCAAGGGGCUAGCUCUGGGUAUUGCCAAAGCAUGGGAACUCUACGGCUCACCCAAGGCUCUAGUUCUUGUCAUUGCUCAAGAGGAGGAAAGAAAUGUGUUUGACCAACACUAUAUAGAACAUGACCUAUUAGCCAGGAAUAUCCAUGUGAUUCGGAGAAGGUUUGAAGAUGUUGCUAAAACAGGAUCUUUGGACCAAGACAGGAAGCUGUUUUUGGAUGGCCAGGAGAUUGCUGUGGCUUACUUCCGUGACGGCUAUAUGCCCAGUCAGUAUAGCCCCCAGAACUGGGAAGCACGCUUGCUCCUGGAGAGGUCGUGUGCUGUUAAGUGCCCAGAUAUAGCCACUCAGCUGGUCGGGACCAAGAAGGUCCAGCAAGAGCUGAGCCGCCCAGGGGUGCUGGAGACUCUGAUACCAGACCAGCCAGAAGCUGUGGCCCGCCUCCGGGCCACAUUUGCAGGCCUCUACUCCUUGGAUGUGGGCGAAGAAGGUGACCGUGCUAUCAUGGAGGCCAUCGCUGCCCCAGGCCGAUUUGUCCUGAAGCCCCAAAGGGAGGGUGGAGGAAACAACUUGUAUGGGGAGGAGAUGGCACAAACGCUGAAGCAGCUGAAGGCCAGUGAGAAAAGGGCUUCCUACAUUCUCAUGGAGAAGAUUGAGCCUGAGCCCUUUGGGAACUGUCUCCUGCAGGCUGGGAUCCCUGCACGUAUGACCCAGUGCAUUUCUGAGUUGGGAAUCUUUGGUGUUUAUGUCAGGCAGGGGAAGACACUGCUGAUGAACAAGCACGUGGGUCAUCUUCUCCGUACCAAAUCCACAAAACAUGCAGAUGGUGGGGUGGCUGCUGGGGUAGCUGUCCUAGAUAACCCCUAUGCAGUGUGAGGGGCUGGUAGAGAACUUGGUCAUAGGGCCACUACCUAUGUGUGUAUAGUGGGACAGGGCCUGCUAGAAAUGACCUUGGAUUCUCCCCCCACUCUCCCCUUCUCACAGCCAAGAUUGCCUUCAGAUGACCAGAAAAGCAACAGGAAUCUAUUUUUUCCCUAAGCCUCAGCCUUUGAAACCAGUGGGAUCAUAGGCUACCCUUGCCCUCUGCUGAGGCCAGAUCUGGGCCUCGUGUGAAUUGGCUCCCCAUUCCUCAAAUAAAGAUGCAUUGAUUAAAGUUA